CUGUUGUUGUUUUGCCGCAGGGUCAGUGAAUAAAUCCGCUUUUCAUUUCAUCAUUUUUCGGAACUAAUUUGCAGAAACAGCACUGAAAAAACAGGCACCCCGAUAGUCGGCACCGUGUGGACUGAAAUGAAAGGUAAAGAGCGGUCGCCGAUUAAAAAACGCUCCCGGGCCUUGGACGAUAUUCGAGACAGGGGAGGAUGCCACCCGACCAGCAAGAAAAUGGGGGCUCUCUCCGUUUCCAGUGGGAGUAAUAAUGGAAAUAGCUCGACCAAAAGCGACGGUGGCUCGACGAGAAGGAGUCUACUCGGUGAGAAAAGAGAGAGAGACUUCGACAGUCAUAGCCGGGCUGGAAAUAAUCACAGUUGUCAGUCUGCAGCAGCUAGCUCCGUCGGUAAAAACCACAACCUGAGCCUGACGCUGGACUUAGCCUCACCGAGGACCACUUCACGGGGUGAGCAGCGGGUUCAGCCGCCCAGCGCCGAGAGUGAGUACAAAACCCUCAAAAUAAGCGACCUCGGCACCCAGCUGAGCGACGAGGACGUAGAGGACGGACUCUUUCAUGAAUUUAAGAAAUUUGGGGACGUUAGCGUUAAGAUAAGCCGUAGCAACGACGAGCGGAUAGCGUUCGUGAAUUUCAGGAAGCCGGAGGACGCCAGAGCUGCUAAGCACGCCAGGGGUCGGCUGGUGCUGUACGACCGGCCGCUGAAAAUUGAGGCAGUGUACAUCAACAGGAGGAGAAGCCGCUCUCCUGUGGAGAGAGACUUGUAUGGUGCAGCUCAAAGCCAUAGACAUUUGCAGAGACCCCUCUCGCCUACGGGGCUCGGAUAUAGAGACUACCGCCUGCAACAGCUGGCCUUGGGACGGCUCCCCCCUCCUCCGCCGCCCCCUUUGCCCAGAGAACUGGAGCGGGACAGGGAAUUUGCCCUGUUUGAAGCCAGGGCACGUCCAGCUUUCAUUGCAGAACGAGCAGCUUUUCGGGAGGAGGAUUUUAUAUCUCCAGAAGAUGACCAAAGAGCCAAUAGGACGUUGUUUUUAGGCAACCUGGACAUAACUGUUACAGAGGCCGACCUGAGGAGAGCCUUUGACAGAUUUGGGGUCAUUACAGAAGUGGACAUUAAAAGACCCACAAGGGGACAAACCAGCACAUAUGGAUUUCUGAAAUUUGAGAACCUUGACAUGGCUCACCGUGCUAAGCUUAGUAUGUCUGGCAAAAUAGUGGGCCGCAACCCCAUAAAGAUAGGCUACGGGAAAGCAACUCCUACUACACGCCUGUGGGUGGGUGGACUUGGACCUUGGGUUCCUUUAGCUGCCCUGGCAAGAGAGUUUGAUCGCUUUGGCACUAUAAGGACCAUUGACUACAGAAAGGGAGAUACCUGGGCCUACAUACAGUAUGAAAGUUUGGAUGCUGCACAGGCAGCAUGCACACACAUGAGGGGCUUCCCCCUGGGAGGUCCAGAGAGAAGACUUAGAGUCGACUUUGCUGACACUGAGCACCGUUACCAGCAGCAGUUCUUGCAGCCUCUCCCAAUCCCACCUUUUGACAUGGUGGCUGAGUCAUUUGUCCACCGCGCCACACCUGAACCACUGAGGGUCAGGGAACGGACUCCACCGCCGCUUCACUUCAGGGAGAGAGAACUCUUUCCUGGAACCGAGUGGCCAAACCCGGCUAUUCGUGAGCGAGUACGUGCCUCACCUUUCGAGCCUCUGGAGCAUUUGGAACGUGACCGACGGGCAAGGGAGCCCUGGUCUUUGGAACGAGAGCUGCAGGGACGAGAACCUGUACGCAAGCGGCGUGUAAUGGAGGACGGGCGUCAUAUAGACCACUCCCCUGACAGUACUGAGAGGACAUUAAGGCGCAGACGUGCUUCUCCAGAUGGCAGUCCUGGAGGUAGCAGCAGAGAUGGAGGUCGCUUCAGUGACUCAGAGCGACCUUUGCGGGGUGAGAGGCCCUCCCCAGCACGAGAACGUCACAGCAGCCUGGAAAGAAGUGGGGCUGAACGGAGACUCAAAAGCCAGAGUCUCUCUGACAAGGGACCUUCAAGCAGCAGCGUUUCAGCAGUUGGAGAACGUAAGCGCAAAAUAGGUGAUGGUGGUAAAGGACUGGCCAAGAGAGAACGUUCUGAGAGCAGUUCCAAGGGAGGCCAGCUGUCCAAGCUGGAUGGCACCAGACUCAGUUUGGCCUGGCAUGGUAUGCUAUUGCUGAAGAACAGCAACUUUCCAGCCAACAUGCACCUUCUGGAGGGUGACCACAAUGUAGCCAGUGACCUGCUUGUUGACGGCUCAACAGGGAGGCAGGUGAGCGAGCUAAAGAUCACCCAGCGUCUCCGUCUGGACCAGCCCAAGCUUGACGAGGUUUCCAGGCGCAUCAAGGUGGCGGGUCCUGACGGCUACGCCAUUCUGCUGGCUGUUCCUGGGACCACAGAGGAUAUAUCUUCGGCUGACCCUGCAGCAUCAACUCAGCGGCCACUUCGUAACCUGGUGUCCUACCUCAACCAAAAACAAGCAGCAGGAGUCAUCAGCCUGCCUGUGGGAGGGAGCAGAGAUAAAGACAACACAGGGGUUCUUCAUGCUUUCCCUCCAUGUGAUUUCUCCCAGCAGUUCCUGGAUUCCUCUGCCAAAGCUUUGGCUAAAAGUGAAGAGGACUAUCUAGUCAUGAUUGUGGUUCGUGGAGCAUCUUAAAAAAAAUCAGAACACACUAAGUUCAAGUCAUGUAAAAAAAAAAAAUCUGCUGUAUGUCAGUAACUAUUGCAUGCUGUGUGUUCUGCAUUAUGGGGUACACUAGUAUGGUUCUUGAGUGUUUGUAUGUUGCCAUGUAAUCCACUAAAAGGACAAACAGUGCCCUUCAACAAAACUAAAAGGGUGUGUGGUUUUGAAGUCAUUUUUAAAAUGGUGUAUGAAUUGCUCUCAAAGUCAAACCUGCAGUAAUUCAGUUCGAAUACUGUACAACAUGAGGAGAAUUUGGUGAUUAAAUUUCAGUUUCACUUGAGAUAAGUCAUAUAGAAAACAUCUGGUUUAUCUGCAGGUUUCAAAUCUUAGCUAUCCAGAUAUACCAGAAGAAAAGGAAAAGCAAAUUUAGAAAUGCAAGGAGUGGACACAAUAACACCUCCACUACAAUAAAACCGCAAACUCUGGCCUCUCAAAUUAUUAUCGCAUUAAAUCCACUUUUUCCUGACACAGUGUUAAACAAAAGCUUAAAAGUACAAGAUUAGCAAAGGUUGUAUUUGUUUCUGGGCUAGUAUACUGUACUGCCUUAGAUUGUACAGGUGUUGUUGUUGUGUCUACCUCCUACACAGGUACUUACAUGAGGGGAAUCAAAAACAUAAUUUUUCAGAGCUUUGAAUUACAGUGCAAUAAUAUUUCUACUAUAAUCACUUUUUGAUGGAUGGAUUCAAAGGUGAGCAUGACAGUUUUACAUUUAUGGAUUUCAGUAAAGGUGUAGUGAAUGAUUCGGUACUGCAGUUUCAAAGCAAAUCACUUUGGCAAAAGAGCCCUGUUAUAUAUUUUUUUGUGGUCAAAACACAUUUUGCAACUCUUCUCCAGCACACCACGCUCCACUUACCAAAGGUUUUUGGUUAUCUUGACAUCAUCAGGUAACCACCCUGAUGGGAGCAAAAUUAUUUGAUAAAUAAGGAGCGGUGUGCAGAGGAAGAGUUGUGCUAUGUGUUCUAAUUUUGAUGGGCUUUCAUUGAAGCUCACACUGGUCCUUGUGUGCAUUUUCAAAGGCUGGAAAAUCUUUCGAGGGUCAACAGAUGAAAAGUGUGUCCAAACUAGAGCUGUGUUGAUAAAAAAGAUUCUCCUAUUCUGAGUCGAUUCUAAAUUUAUUUUCUAAAGAUCGAUUCGUACGUUCUCGCGUACAAAUUCGCAUCAUCGAAUUCACGCAUGCGCGCAUGGUGUGAAGCUAGCAAACAGUGAACAUGGCGUCCUACGUAAUUUAGUAAUGCCCAAGUUUGUACUUUUUUAUUUUUUACGUCAACUAAGCUUUGCUUACUGUCCAACGAUGUUCAUUGUUUGGUAGCUUCACACCACGCACGCAUGCGUGAAUUCAAUGACGCGAGCUCGUACACUAGCACGUACGAAUCGCUCUUUAGAAAAUAAAUUGAGAAUCGAUUCAGAAUAGGAUUUUAUCAACACAGCUCUAGUCCAGACAGCUCAUACAUUUCAGUUACCUACAUUGACAUCUGUGUUUGAAAAAUUAUUUUCAGUUUCACGGUUUGGAUUUGAGUGUAUUUUAGAUUGUGUUCCAUAGUACUGGAACACUAAUACAAAUUGCAAGAUAGACAAUGAACUUGGUGUGUGCGCAGUCCACUGGUAAAACUAAAUUGUCAUGUCAACUCUGGAAUGCUAAAUACUAACAGAUGUAAGAUUUUUGCCCAGGGAACAGCCCAUAACACAAUACGCAUAGCAUAGUAAAACAGAUACUAACAUGUCUCUCAUAUUUUUUACUUCAUAUUUUAUUUUGUGCAUCCCUACCUUAGACAUGGUUGUGUAAUGUGAUCUAUAAAAAACUACAGUAGUAAUGGAUAAAAAACUUAGAGAAGUUUGUGUUGAUAUUUGACAGUCUGUUUCAUUUAUUGCUCUGAAACCAGUAGGUCCUCCAAGAAUAAUAUUCAGUAUAAUUAAAAUGUUGGUACAAAAUAACAAAAACCUGCAAUUUGUUCAGUAAGUAGGUCUGUAAUUUUAAAGUUUUAACAGUACCGUAACAAUGGAUGUUUGAAUUUCAAUUUUAGAGGUUUAAAUUUGAUAAUAUUUUACUCAUGGCUGCCAACAUGUUCCAAAGGCCUACUUACCAUAUUUUCUUUUGCCAUUGUAUGUUUGUCCUGCGGUAGUGAUCCACCCUGAAUUAUAAUUUGCUGAGUUUGGUUUGAUAUGUAUUGAAAACAUUCAUAUGUGGCAAAGUUGUUAUGUGUCAACACCGCACCCACUGCAACGCUGGACUCCCGAGGAGACGAGUGCAGAGCUGAAAACCUCUGCAGAGAAGGCAACCUAGUGUUUGUGAGUCCUCGCUGAUGAGGCAGCUUUUAAGUUGUGUAGCCCAUCUGCACCUGUGAUGACUUCUGUUUUAAAUGGAAAGUUGAGCAAUGUACACUUUGAUGUCAUGGGAAAGGAAAAUCCAUAGAGCCCAUGCGAAGCUGUUCACAUACCUGAAAGUGCGUUUGGGCACUUAAUGUGACCGAUUAUCAAUAAAUUGUUCAUUUGA